AUGGGAGGAUACCCUCAGGUACAUGUAGUACUAGGGAUUAUAUUCGUGGUAUCAGUGUCCGCCAUCAUGAUUGUAACCUGGACAAAGUUGAUAUUUGAUGAAGAAACUUCAAAGAUUGUUACUCUUGGAGUAUUGAUAUUCUGUACUAGUGUUGGACUUUUAAGCGCUUUUGGACUUCUGAAAUUCCGAAGCAAGACACAUGGGGAAAACAAAUCAGGUUACAGAUGGUCAAAGGCAACAAACAAUCACCCUGACAACGAAAGUGCCAAUAGAGGUACCGGAAACUCAAUAACAAACAAUCACCCUGGCAACGAAGGAGCCAGAAGAGGUACCGGAAACUCAAUAACAAACAAUCACCCUGGCAACGAAGGAGCCAGUAGAGGUACCGGAAACCCAAUAACAAACAAUCACCCUGACAAUGAAGGAGCCAGUAGAGGUACCGGAAACCCAAUAACAAACAAUCACCCUGACAACGAAAGAGCCAGUAGAGGUACCGAAAACCCAAUAACAAACAAUCACCCUGACAAUGAAGGAGCCAGUAGAGGUACCGGAAACCCAAUAACAAACAAUCACCCUGACAGCGAAAGUGCCAAUAGAGGUACCGGAAACCCAAUAACAAACAAUCACCCUGACAACGAAGGAGCCAGUAGAGGUACCGGAAACUCAAUAACAAACAAUCAACAUGACAACGAAGGAGCCAGUAAAGGUACUGGAAACUCAAUAACAAACAAUCACCCUGACAACGAAAGAGCCAGUAGAGGUACCGGAAAUCCAAUAACAAACAAUCAACAUGACAGCGAAAGAACCAGUAGAUGUACAAGCACUGAGUUCGGAUCAGGGCAAAUUGUAUUAAUGAUGCUGAUCAUUUUCUUGUCAGCUUCUUUAUCUGCACCAUCGAUAAAACAUUUUGCCGAUCAUGUAGGCAAUGAUGAUGAUGAUAACGUAAGCCUGAACAUGUCAAUAUAUUUUGAGAUUUACAUCUGGCUCUCAUUCGUUGUCAAAAGUGUCAUGUUGGUUUGUAUAGGUGUUUGCAUGCGGGUUUCUGGUAACUACUCUAAAUAUAAAUUUAAUGCCGAGGGAUUCAUAUUGAUGUUUAGCUUUGCUGCGAAUGUCUUUUCUCAUGCGUUUUACUCGAUCGCAGUUUUGACGAUUAUCAUAACAAAGGAAGACAUGGGACUAACUUUAUUCAUCUGUUUACUCGAAAAUAUAGGCAGUAUCAUUCUCGGUGGAAUGCAAACUGUCUUCCUGCUAGCUACAAACAAUGGAGAAGAAAUGCAGAAUAGUGGGCGAAGAAAUAUGGUUUACUUUGCAUGCCUAUUGUUAUUUAUCAGCAAUAUUGGACUAUGGUUCAGUGAUUCGAUUGGGGAGGCUAAAUUAGCGGACCUGACUGUUAUAAUCAAGAAAGGCUACAACAAAACCUUCUGGAUAAUUGAUAUCAGGCUUCUUUUGCCCAUUACUAUAUUUUUUCGAAUCCACUCAGGAAUGAUUUUUCUCAAAAUGUAUUGCAAUAGAAAUAGUCAGUCGGAUCGCAUCUCACAAGGAAUACAAACGGAAACGUCUCAAUGAACACUCCUAGAGGCAUGAUUUCAUUUACUU